AUGCCCUCCCCCGAACCCCUUCCCGAUACCACCCCCUCCGCCUCGCCCUCCCCCAUCGCCCCCAUCGUCCCGCUCGCAGCGCCGCCCCCGCCCAGCCUGUCGCUCCCCGUGUCCCCGCUCCUGGUGGUGGCCAUGGGACUGCCGGGCGCGGGCAAGAGCACGCUGUGCGCCGCCCUCGCGCAACUCGCGCGGCAGGCAGGCGCGCACACGACCCUCGUGUCGUUCGACAGCUAUGCGCGUGGCGGAGGCAACGCGGGGAGUGUGGGGGAGGAGGGGAGUGCGGAGGAGCAGGGGAGUGUGGGGGAGGAGGGGAGUGUGGAGGAGGAAGGGAAUGUGGGCGAUGUUGCAAUUGCUGACACGUGUGCUGCUUUCAGUCAUGAUGCUUGGAAGGCCAGUCGUGUCACGGCGCUCGCAGCACUCACUGCAGCCCUCGCACGUGCCAGCCAGGGGGGGCGUGAGGGCGCUGCUGCUGCUUGUGCAAAUGCCGCAGAGACGGCAGCAGCAGCCCCGCCAGCAGCAGCAGUGGGGGCGGGGGUACCGGCACACAUGGUGGUUGCAGAUGACACCAUGCAUCUGCGCUCCAUGCGCCUGCAGCUGCUGCGACUCGCUCACUCAUAUGGUGCCACGUGUCUCAUCCUCCACGUCACCACGCCCCUAGACCAGUGCAUAUCCUGCAACGCGCGCCGCCCUCCCGCCGCCCGCCUGCCAUCCGCAGUGAUCCGCCGCACGGCCGCCCGCCUUGAGCCUCCCCGGGGGGUACCUGUGGUGACUGUGGGUGUGGGGGGGUGUGAGGAGAGAGCAGGGGAGGGAAGUGCAGACACGGUGGGAGCAGGGGGCGGUCAGGGGCGAGAGAAGGAAGGAGGGCGAGAGGGAGGCACUGGCGUUGUUGCUGCUGCUGAUGAUUCCGGGUCGUCAGGUGCAGCAGGCCCACCACAUGUGCGCAGGGAGCAGGCAUCAGCACUGAACGCCGCUCGACGGUCUUUGCUGCAGCAGUUCAGCCGCCACGUGGAGUCAAGCAGAGACCUCGGAGCGAGAGCAGCACAUCCCCAUGCUGCAUCGUCACACGAACAUAGCUAUGGGACAUCAGUGCAUGAUGCCGUGCCAUCCCCAUGUCGUUACUGCAUGACAUCAGUGCAGGGUGCCACACCAUCCCCAUGUGGUGACAGUGCACCACCAUUACCUGGUGCCAUGCCAUCCCAAUGCAGUCACUGCACACCACCAUUACCUGAUGCCAAGCUGCCUCCAGCCCCACUAGCCACACCAACAGCAGCAGAUACUUCACAGCAGCUGGGCGUUGGGAGCCGGUGCAAGCAGAGUGGCGGUGUAUCCGGCGACGAGUGCGACGAGUACGACGGUUGCGACGCGUGCGACGGCAGCAUGGCGUCGGAGGAGGGGCACACAGUGUAUCUGGGCGGGCUGCCGUUCGACAGCGACGAGGGUGCCAUCAAGAAGGUCUUCGAGGAGUUCGGCGAAGUCCUCUCCGCGAAGGUGAUAUACGACAGGGAGACGGGCAAGGCGAGGGGCUUCGGUUUUGUGACCUUCGCAUCGCCCAAGGCAGCUCAGGACGCCAUCAAGGCCAUGGACGGCGAGAUAGUGGACGGGCGGCCAAUCAAGGUGUCGGAGGUGCGCAGGCGGGGAGACGGGGGCUUCUUCCGCCAGUCCUCCUUCGAGCGAGACCGUGAAAGGCCCAGAGGCGGUGUUGCUCGCCGCCCCUCCAUGUCCCCACCUCGCCGCUCCCGAUCCCCGCCGUCUCGCGUCCGCUAUCGCAGCCGCAGCCCCCGAGGGGGCAGCCCCUAUGCUUCCCCCGACCACCCCCCUGCUGGGCGCAGCAAUGGGGGAGGGCCGGGGGGAGGCGGAGGUGGGAGGGGGCGGAGGGGAGGGGAGGAUGAGAUGGGGCGGGGACGGGGGGAGGGGGAGUAUGAUGAGGACGAGCGCAUGCCGCCCGAGGCAUCUGGACACGUGGCGGUGAGUCAUAGGCCCAUGGUGUUUGGACACGUGGCAUCAUCCCCCUUCCUGUAUCUUCCUUUUCUACUGCAUGUGCCAUUGUUCAUGGCAUUUUGCCGUUGCCCGUAUGCCUCCGAUGCCAUCCCCUGCCUGCCUUCCCGCCAGCAGCGCCAGGCUCCUCACGGCCAAGCAAGGGAGGGCGCAGGGGGAGAGGGGGGAAGGGGCGCGCGGGGUCAAGCGGGCCAAGCAAGUCAAGCAGGUCAAGGGGCCCAGGGGGGGCAGGGGGGCGAGUCGCUGGAUGCUCUGCGGGCGGCAGUGGAGCGAGCGAGGCGGGAGAAGCAGAGCGUGGCAGCGCAGAUGCAGCAGCUGGAGCAGGCGCUGCAGAGGGCCACGGCCACGGAAGUGAGCCUCAAGGAGCGAAUUAAGGUGCUGGAGGCGGCGAAGAAGCAGGUGGCUGCCGGGUACGAGGAGAAGAUGGCGCUGCACAGCAAGGCAUUAGCAGCGGUGGCAAGAGUGCAGGAGGCACAGGAGACUCUUGCAGUGCGGCAGAGGGAGCUGCAGCUGCACGCGCUGCAGCAGCAGCACCAGGGGCAGCAGGCAGUGGGACAGCAGCAGGGGCAGGGGCAACAGCAGGGGCAGCAGGGCAUGUACACGGCCUCGCCUGCAGGAUCGCAGCAGCAAGGGCUGGCACAGGGAGUGGUGCUGCCGGAACGGACCCCCAAGCUGCCCAUCCUGCUGCCGCUUCAGGCACAGCAGCAGGGGCAACAGGCAUGA